AAAAAAAUAAAAAUAGCUGAGGUGCUGAGAUUGUUUCAUAAAAAUGAGAAAAAGACACAUUAUUGACCUCUUCUGGUUCAUAUAAAACAGAUUCUGUAUACGCACACAUACAUUCUUUCAUGUACUUGUGAAACUUAGAACACACAAAAAAACUUCAGUAACAUCUUUUAAUGAUGUCUGAAGAUGGCUACACCAAAGAAACUCCUUGUGAUUUUCCAAGAAACCCUCUUUGCAUCUUCCUAAGUGAUUUCAGAUCAGUUUUUAAAUUUGAUGAGCUCGGUUUGGAGAUAGCAAGAAUAGCUUUACCUGCAGCACUUGCCUUAACAGCUGAUCCUAUUGCAUCUCUGGUGGACACAGCCUUCAUAGGCCAAAUUGGUCCUGUAGAGCUUGCUGCAGUUGGAGUUUCAAUUGCUUUGUUUAACCAAGUUUCAAGAAUUGCUAUUUUCCCACUCGUUAGCAUCACAACUUCCUUUGUAGCAGAGGAAGAUGCUUGUAGUUCUGAUCAAAACACAGUCCAAGAUCAUAAAGAAUGUAUUGAAACUGAUUCCAUGCCAGAUGAAAAUAAAAUGGGUAGCAGUAUCUUUAGAGUUAAAUCUCCAGUCAAGAAAAGAAAAAUACCAUCAGCCUCAUCUGCUUUAAUCAUUGGAGCCGUUCUUGGCCUUCUUCAAGCUCUGUUUCUAAUAUCCGCAGCGAAACCUCUCUUGAGUUUCAUGGGAGUUAAACAUGAUUCUCCAAUGUUAGGACCUUCUCAGAGAUAUUUAUCUCUAAGAUCACUUGGUGCACCAGCUGUUCUUCUCUCGCUUGCGGCGCAAGGUGUUUUCCGUGGAUUUAAAGACACUACAACUCCAUUAUACGCAACGGGUAAUAUGCCAUGUUUUGUAAUAUGGUGGAAGUCCUUGAAACAGAACAAAGCUGAUGAUUCACUUUUAAUCUCUUCUACAGUUAUUGGAGAUGUCACAAAUAUAAUACUCGACCCGAUUUUCAUAUUCGUUUUUCGUCUAGGCGUUACAGGAGCAGCCACUGCUCAUGUUAUAUCCCAGUACCUUAUGUGUGGAAUACUCUUGUGGAAACUGAUGGGUCAAGUUGAUAUCUUUAACCUGAGUACCAAACAUCUUCAGUUCUGUAGAUUCAUGAAAAGUGGCUUUCUUUUACUGAUGAGAGUAGUUGCGGUGACAUUUUGUGUAACACUUUCCGCGUCACUAGCUGCACGAGAAGGAUCCACUUCCAUGGCAGCUUUCCAAGUUUGCUUGCAGGUUUGGUUAGCAACUUCACUUCUUGCAGAUGGGUUCGCUGUAGCUGGCCAGGCAAUACUAGCGAAUGCGUUUGCCAAAAAAGAUUACAAAAGAGCUGCAGCUACUGCCUCACGUGUAUUGCAGUUGGGACUGGUUCUCGGGUUUCUACUCGCGGUUAUACUUGGAGCAGGAUUGCAUUUUGGAGCAAGACUAUUCACCAAAGAUGAUAAAGUCUUACAUCGCAUUAGCAUAGGACUUCCAUUUGUGGCAGGGACACAACCAAUCAAUGCCUUAGCGUUUGUAUUCGAUGGUAUAAACUUCGGAGCAUCUGAUUUUGGCUAUGCCGCAGCUUCGCUAGUUAUGGUGGCUAUAGUUAGCGUUUUGUGUUUGCUCUUUCUAGCGUCGACUCACGGGUUUAUUGGUCUUUGGUUCGGUCUAACCAUUUACAUGAGUCUUAGAGCAGCCGUUGGAUUCUGGCGGAUUGGGACAGGAACAGGACCUUGGUCUUUUCUCAGGAGUUAAAAAUGAGGAUUGAAGAAAAGAGCAUGUUUUAGUUGUUCUUAAACCUUUUUCUCUCCUAAAACUGCAACUGAAUAAAAUACAAAGAAUAUGAAUGUAGAGAUACAAAUAAUUAUAAGCAAGCUAGUUAUACUCUUGUAUAUAUUAACGUUGUAUCUAUAUCUAGAGGGAGUUUGUCCAAAUUUUUGAUUUUCA